AUGACAGAGUCAUUCCCCAUAUCCUGUAUCUCGUGUCGCCGCAAGAAGAUCAAGUGUAACAAAAAGAAGCCCUGUAAUCAGUGUGAACGAAGGUCCAUCGUUUGCAGAUUUCCUUCCACUUUUAGAAAUAUCAAAAUCGAUGAGGGUGAACAUUUAGACCCUCAAUCUGCCUUGGUUUCCCGGGCAGAGAUAUCUUCUUCCAGCGGGGCCGACUCUUCAGAAUUCACCAUGUCGUCAUAUGGCGACGACUUGGAGCUGAUCAAGCGCCACAACCAACGGCUUUUGGAGGAAAAUUUCAGAUUGGAGUUGGGAAGCCGCAAACUUACCGAAAAGUUGGCGCAACAAACCCGUAGUAAUUCAGUACUGGAUGUCGCCAGUGCUAUUGGUGAACAUUCGACUAAAAAUCCCAUUCAUGUUAGCGGAGAGACUUCUGAGGGAGGUGAAAAGUACUAUGGGCCCCAGUCAUCGAGCUAUAUGAUGGAUAAUCUUCGAGAUAAUACAACAAACGAUGCUGAAACCUCCAAACAGUCCAAGGUGGUCAAGGAAGCCCACAAGGAGGACCCUGAAGACACUCGGGUGAGAAUGUCGCUCAAAAAAAAGAACCUUCCGUGCGUACUUGGUGGGGAUCCUCACCUCAACGUGAAAGACCCUGUUGUUAUUCGACGCAAUAUCGAUGUUAUUCAGCGAUUAAUUGAGUUUUUCUUCACAACAAAUUCCUACUAUACCUCGUUUAUUGUCAUAGGCAACGUGCGACAGUUUCUUGAUUCUUACGAGUCCAUCAAAGACAGCGAAUGGGAAAACGACGAUGACCUUCUCUUGCUCUAUAUGAUCAUAUUGAUUGCAGUUCAAAGGCUUUCGCCAACACAGUUUGUGGAUUUUGGCUUGCUUCCGCAAGACAAGAUACUGGAAGUUUCGAAAUUCAAGUCGUAUUUGUCUAAGGAUGUUCUCCACCACUCUUUUGUCAGCUUUCGCCACAACUUGUUGAACGAGUCGAUUGUCACCAUUCAAGCUUAUAUCUUGUGUUGUGAGUGGUAUUUUGUCGACCAAAAAUACGAAGAGUGCUGGUCGAUGGUUUUUCACGUGAGCGCCGUCGCCUACCUGAUAGGUCUCCACGUUUUAAGCAGAUUCAAACUUGGCAAUAAUAAUAAGGAUACUAUAAAUGAAGAUGACGAGAGGGAAGAUUUGGAGAAGUGUGUGGUAUGGUUCGCUUUGCGGAAUAUCACUGGUCAAAUAUGCUCCAUUCUUGGUCGACCAAAUCCCAUAUCAAUUCAAGUCAACUCGUUCGUUAAUCGUUCAACAAGCACCACGAGGUCAGAUAGCCUUAAUUUCAAGGAGACAAAGACUCAGGUGGCCCUCAAGUCUGGUUUGAGUGAGUGUCUUCGUUUGUCCAACAUGAUGUUAAUUGAAAAUUACAUGAUCGAUUUUACAAUUACUGAUCUAUUCAAUUUGAACCGAAAGUUCGAGACUGAAAUCAAUCAAUUGGAAAUGCUUCUUACCAACAAGAAUGCUGAUACGAAUUUGCAAUUUGAAAGCGCAAGUGACCAACUUCUGUCUCGCUCCAAGAUUGGACGCUCUGCUGUGAUGCAUGAUUUGAUCAUAUUUUACGUCAAUCGAUCCAAAUUAUUUGAACCCUUUGUCGAUAAAUUUCGGAUGCAUGAACAAGCCGAUGAAGUAGUCAGGAUUUUGAUUAAUUCUCUCGACAGGUUUUUAAUCUACUCCGUUGAAUUUAUCGGAGACUUCAUCGACGAUUUUGGCGAGAAGCUUUCGGGCAGUGCGAACACAUUGCUAGACAAGCAUUUUGGAAAACUUUUCCGAACCUAUUUUCCAUUCUUAAACUCGUUCAUUUACCAAGGUUUCGUUGUGAUAUUCACCUUUUUGCACUACAAGUUCAAGGAAUUCAUUGAGGCCCCAAGCGUCAUGAACUUGUCGGAUAAUCUGCUGGUCAUUGACUAUGAAAAGUUUUUGAUAGUUCUUGACGAGAAACUCAAAUUGCUCUACUCAUUUGAAUCUCGUUUGCUGGCCAAGGUCUCAAAAAACAUCAAAUUUUGGUCGACUAAUAUUUUGUACUUGAUGAACAACAACAUACGAUUCAUCAAUGUUAUGCAAGAACGAAGACAGCAAAGAAUUCUGAACGAGAGAUUCGGCGACUAUACUCAGAUGAUGAUGGAAGAUGACUCUCAACUUGACGAUACUUACUACAUAAGUCUCAGCGACCCAUUCUGGCUAACUAAUCCCGAAAACUUGCCUUACUACUUGAGCUCACCAAGUGACGAUGGAGGUCAACAAGGAUUGCGUUCAACCUACCUGCAAGGCGAAUCGAGUUCUAGUGAUUUAGAGCAACCGCGGCCCCUUCACGUGCAACCAUCAGUUGGUAGCGAGGGCAGUUGGCUUAUGGACUCCUCCGCGCCAGAGGGCAAGUCUCAAGUGGUACAACCAAAAGCUGAAGAAGGAGGAUCGGAGGAAUAUAUAAAUCCUCCCUUUGGGUAUGACCCGAGCAGUGAUGCUGAUUUGUUUCCUAGCUUUAGUCAUCACGGAAAUCAAUGA